GAUUUAAUUUCUAGGAAUUGUAAGAUAAUUUUACUUUGACAAUUAAUUUAAAUUAAUUAUAUUGUUUAAUUGUAUCUCAUUGUGUUUCUAUUGUGUAAACAACUUGAUAUUAUUUAUAUCGGAUUAAUCCAAUUACUCGGUUAACAUUUAAAAAGGCUUAAGGAACAAGUUAUUAUUGCAUUACCAAUUUUUAAUACAUCACUACAUUCUCAACCAUCAUUACUAUUAUUAUUAUUAUUUAUGGUAUCAAAUCAAAUGUAAAUUGUGGUAAAUUGUAAAUUGUCAAUUUAAUUAUCAUAAUUUAAUUGGAUACAUGGUUCUUAAAGAAAAACAGUUGAUAAUUUAAGGUGAAAUAUCUAAUGUUUACAUUGCCGGUCUUAUUGUGUAAAAUGUUUGUAUGCUGGUUGAGUUGUUUAUCAAACUGAAGGUAUUGAUUUCCCUAUGUCAAUGGGCGAUUACCAAUUACUUGGUGAUGGUUUUGGAUACCAUCCAGGUUAUGCGCCAACUGGUAACCCAUCAAAUAAUAAUCCCGGAGGCCCGAACAUGGAGCAACCCCCUGGACCAAAUAACGCGGCAAUGGCCGCAAUGAUGUCGUCAAGUGCCAUCGGAGGUAGUCCUGGUUAUGGAAUGAUUCCUCCACAUGGUGCUCGUGGUCAUGGGCUACCUCAAAGAUCUUUGCCCCCUUUUGGUGCACCUUUACCUAUGCCUCCAGGUUCAGUACCUUUGGGUGGUCUCGGUGAUGCGAUGAAAGUUCAUGAUCAGUAUGCAAGUAGUGGUUUUCCUGGAGCAAGUUCACAAUCGGCCAUGAGAAGUGGUCACUAUCCUCAGCAUGAUUCUCGUUAUGGUCAUCCUAGUAGUGGUUAUCCAGGUGUUCCAAUGGGAAGUGGUCCUGGUGGUCCAUCAUCUCUUGGACCAAUGUCCCAACAUAAUGGAGGGAUCGGUGUGCCUCAGUCCAGUUUAACAUCGUUACCUGGUUCCAGUAGUUAUCAAACUCGUGGUCUAAUGAGUGGUUAUAAUGAUCAAAGGAUGUUGUCACCGAUUCUAGGACCAGGUUCUGGGAGUCCAUAUCCAGGACCUUAUCCUUCAUCAUACGGACCAAUACCAACAGGAGGACCUGGUACAAGAUUAUGGCACAAUCAAGGAAUGAGUCAUUUGCAACAGCGACCUCCUUAUGGUUAUAACACUAGUGGAGUGGGUCCACCACCUCCAUCUUCACUCGGACCUCCAGGACAAACAAGUAGUUCUCGUAGUGGGCAAGGACCACCUCCAUCUCCUUUCGGGCCUGGUGCCAGUGAUUAUGGCUCAUUGCAUUCACAGCAACCAACUAAGCAACCUCAUCAGCCUCCAACACAACAACAACAACAGCAACAACAGUCAUCACAACAGCAGCAGCAACAACAACAACAACAACAAUCACAGUCACAAGCUCAACCCACGAGACCAUAUUACAGUACUAGCAGUGGAAGAGUGGGAGCACAAAGUUCCUCAUUGACUAGUUUCAUUCCAUCCGAACCUCCAUCACCAUAUUUAACAUCUUCUUAUAGUCAAAAUAUAAGUGCAUCACAAGGAAACUCAACAUCAUCCUCAUCAUCCAGUGGUAACAAUGGUGGCCCUCGACAACCUCAAUCUCAACCAGGACCACCUUCUCAUUACACAUCUUUAGGUUACCCUGGUCCUGGUCCUGGUCCUGGUUCUGGUCCAACGGGAAGUGGUGGUGGUGGCAGCGGGUCAACAAGUGGAGGAAUGAUUGGUUCAUCAGGUUCUAGUAGUAGUAGUGUCCCUCCAGGGUCAGUUAAUUACCCAGGACAGCAAUAUCAAGGAUACAGUGUUAGUCAGGGGUAUAGUGAGACUUCAAGUCGGCUUUCACCUUAUACAAUGAGCUCUGGGUCGACAGGAGGUCCCAACACUGGACCCAAUAGUCCAGGGUAUCGAGCGCCGUUCAGUGCAGCAUCUCUAACUAGUAUGUCACCUCGUCGACCAACACCAACACCGCCUGCAGGGUCACCGAUGCCGCCAACAUCACGGACACCAGAUCGAGGGUCAACUACGAUUUCAACGUCAGGUCCAACAAGCAGUUAUCCAAGUUCGGGUUCAUUAACAAGUCCUAGUGGUCCAGGACUUUCGCCUGGUAACAGUUCAAAAUCCAGUGGAUUAGCUGGUCCACCAGGUUCAUCUUCGUCUCAUAAUGCAUCGUCAUCAUCAUCAUCUUCAUCUUCACAAGUCCCACAGUCCCAAUCAUCUGCAUCUUCAUCCACAUCUCAUGGUCCCUUAUCUUCACAUCAAUCAACACCAAUUAAUAGUCUUCAACAAUUGGAACAAAUGGUCAUGCCUCACCUUAACUCUUCUUCUUCAUCCUCCUCAUCAUCUUCAACAGCAGCAAACAGCAGUAAUAAAAUCAACUCAAUAUCUUCAAUAAUCUCAUCGACACCAUCGUCAUCAUCAUCCAACAACAGCGCUUCCAAUCCUUAUUAUAUGUCAGGAAGCAGCAACAAUAAUAUUCAUGGUUCACAGAAAGCAGAUCAACAACAACCAUCGAAUUUGUAUCCUCGAUUUCCAUCCCCAUCUUCAGCCUCUUCUGGUCCAGGAGGUUAUUAUGGAGGGAACUCGGGAUACCCUCAGAGUAAUUCAUCAUCAUGGAGACCACCACCCACUCCGGGUCAACCAUCAACUGGCCCAGGGUCAAACUCCAUGUCCAAUACUCAAUCUCCAAUGGCUUCUUCUGUCCCUUAUUCACCAGCAUCUCAAAUUGAUCAACAACAACAACAACAAUCAUCUCAAAGUAAAGAGGUUCCAUCUCCUGGUUUAUCACGAUCAUUAACAUCAACAACGUCAAGUAAUAAUUCAAGCUCAAUGACUGGACAGCAAUAUUCAAUGUUCGAUAAUCAAGCAUAUUCAUCAAAUUCAUCUUCCAUUGAUAAUUCAAAUUAUCAAAGUCAAUCAAAUCCAAAACAAGAUCUUGUUAAUAAGAAUGUCAUGUCUCCUCGAACACCAGGAUCCAAUCAGCAAUCUCAACCAAUGUCACCAUUUAACUUUAGAAACAUUGAUGCAAAUAAGACUUCGUCUUAUGGAUCUCCACAAAUCACCAAGGAUGACAGUGGAUCUGAAAGUAAAAGUGAUAAUGGAAAAGCACAAAGUGAUGGAUCUAAUUCAAAUAAUAUUUAUAGUGUGUUAACAAGUCCCGCCAACGCUGGUGGUGAUAAUAGGAGUGACAAGACGAAUACAUCAUCAAGUGAACUGACAUCGAGAUCAUCCCGAGAUGAUCUAAGUGCUCCUGGUCCUGGUCCUGGUCAGUCGACUGUCCAGUCAAUGGAUCCUGGACAAUAUCAUUCAAACUACAUGUCAGGAGGUCCUAGUGAAUCGAGUUACAAUAUGAGUCAACAACAGUCUCAACAUCAACCUCAACAUCAGCAUUCACAACAACAACAACAACAACAACAACAACAACAGUCUGAUGGUUCUAAUAUGUACUCUAAUCAACCUGGAGGUAACCCAUCACAAGGAAAUUGGGAUUAUGGUAGUGGAUAUAAUCAAAGUUAUGAUAUGAAUAUGACAAGUGACUCGAGUAUGAAUCAGCCUUACAUGGGUCCUGAUUCAAUGAUGUAUAAUCAAAAUUACAAUCAAGGUCCAGGAAUGGGACCGAUGAUGUCUAAUCAAAUGAAUCAAAAUGAAUAUGGAGGUAACAGUGAUAUGAAUCAAUCUCAACCUUAUGAUCCUUAUGGAGAUACAUUUGACCAAGAGCCACCAAUAGCCAAAAAGAAAGGAAAAGGUCGUCCAAGGAAAGAUCCAGCUGAGCCGAAGAAAGAAAAGAAACCUCGAGCUCCUCGAGCACCGAAAGGAGCGGGUUCAAGGGGCAGAGGAAGGGGAGCAAGAAGCUCUCCUGAAUCUCGUAUGGGAGCAUCACCUUCAAUGAUGUCCGGUCCAAUGACACCAAAUUAUGAUGGAUCUUAUUCAAUGGGAAGUAAUCCAGGUGACAUGUAUUCAUAUCCAACACAAGGUCCUGGAGGUCAAAUGCCAAUUGACCCAAGUAUGGGUGGAGGAGGAGGACCAAUGUCUUAUCCACCUCCACCACCUCCAUCAUCAUUACCACCUCAUCCCUCGCAUGGUUUGGGUCCUCAAGGAUCUGAUAUGUAUGGACAAAUGGAUAGUCUUGGUCAAUUGCCUCCCCCCGAUUUUCAGUCUCGUCCAGAUAUUCCAAGUGAAAUGAUGUAUCCACCACCGCCAUCUCAUGAUCCUUCAAGGAUUCCGGGAAACGAUCCGUCGGCUUAUAAGCCGAUGCCACCAGAAAGUUCAAUUCCUUAUGACUCUCAACUUAAUCAACAACAACCUGUUCAUCCUUCUCAUCCCUCUCAUCCACCACCGCCACCACCUCCACCUCCUCAAUCAUCGUUACCAUCACAACCAAUAAGUGAACACACUGACUCGAUGCAACAGCAAUCACAUCUUCUCCCUCCUCCUCCUCAACAACAACACCAACCGCGUGAGCAACAACAACAACAAAAACAAGAAGAUGCAAGUUUAGAGUCAAGUGAAGAGCAAACUGACCAACUUGGCGGUUUGUCCUCAGAAAUUCAGCCCGAAAACAGUUUCACCAAAAGUGUUCACGAUGAAAACAUUAAUCAAUCAUCUUCAUCGGAGACAAUUGCAAGCACAACAAGUAACGAUGGUCAGACGGGAGAGACAAAUGAUAAUUUAAAUAUUUUUCGUGAUCCUAGUUUAACAAGUGAUAACUUUUAUGGUAUAACUGGAGAUGACAAUUCUCUUACUCAACCUGGAAACAUUAAUCAAACUGAGGUACAACCCGAAGCACAAGCGUUGGAUGGACAUGGAAUUGAACACUCGCAAGUUGAGUCUUCUUUUCAACCACUACCACCACUUCCGCCUCCUCCUCUUCAAGGAGCGACACCACAGUUACUAUCACAAGCACAACAAUCAACUCAAUCAGAGGAUUUUUUAUCCAAUGAAGUUGUAUCAUCAUUGGGGCAAAAUUUUCCAAAUCAAACUUCAACUCCUCCUCCGCCAGUUGAAGUGCCUCAACUUCUUCCACCUCCUCCAGAAUUACCCACCACACUAUCUGACAAUACAUGUGACGAUGGUGUAGUUAUCAGUAAGAUGGAGUUUAAUGAAGAACAGACUCCCGCAAGUACUCCCGUCAAAAGAAAGGCAAAGAAACGCAAAGCCAAAGAGCUGAAAGACACGGUUCCUUUUGACGAGGGUCCAUUCAUGAGUGAGGGUGGACAUCAGACUUUUUUCUCGGAAGAUGGUCAAGAAAACAAGAAAAAGAAACGCAAGAGAAAAAAGAAAGAUGAAAACGUAGUUAAAAGUGAAGAUACAGCUGUAGAAGGUGGAGAAAUGGGCGAAGUAGGUGAGGGAGGUGGAGAAGGAGGAGAAGGGGAGCCAGAGAAGACGAAAAAGAAGAAGAAAAAGAGAGUCAAGAAGAAAGUGGUCGAAGAGGAAAUUCCUAUAGAAUACCCAGCCGAAGAUACGACUCUUCCCUCGGAAAUGAUCGGAGAAGGAGGUGAGGGACAACCUGAAGAUACAACGAUCGACGGUGAUACAACUUUAAAUACUACCGAUGGUUCAGCAAGUAAAUCAAAAGGCAAGAAAAAGCGACCCAGCAGAGCGAAGCCCAAACUGAAAGAUGGAUCUGGUAAGAGUAAGAAAAAGUUACCGAAACUUGCGCUUAAAUUUGGUAAAUCAAAGAAGCGGAAGCGACUGGGGUCAUCUGAUGCUUCGGACAUUGAAAAGACUCCACCACCAUCUCCAAUCGAAGAUCCUUUGGCCGACUCACUCAAACGCCGAUCAGCUCGUAAUACUAAGCGACAAAAGUACACGGAUGAUAUUGAUCUUGAUCUGUCAGAGGAAGAUUCAAACAGCGCUGAAAAAGGCGAAGGGGCAAGUGGCGAGAAGAAAGUUUUAGAUUCCAAUGUUCAAGUGACCAAAAUCGCCGAAGAUACGAUGGUCGUGGAUAAGAUCAUGGCCUCGCGAAUGGGCGAGCGGGAAAUCGAGGCAGAAGAUGGAGAAGAACAAAUUGCCGAAGGACAAAAGAUCAAAAUCGAAGAGUAUUAUGUCAAAUACAAGAAUUUAUCUUAUCUCCAUUGUGAAUGGAGAACUGAAGAAGAACUGGAAAUGGGAGAUAAAAGAGUGAACCAGAAGAUUAAGCGAUGGAAACAAAAGAAAGAAAGUGAAAUCGACAUAAACUUUUUGGACGAUGAACCAUUUAAUCCUGAUUAUACUGAAGUUGAUCGAAUCCUGGAUGUACAAGAGAUCGAAGAAACCAUCGAAGAAGAGGUUGAAAUCGGUGAAGAUGAUGAAGAUUCCCGAGAUGAUACCAAAGUGGAAAUUGUUCCAGUUUUAAUGAGUGAAAAGAGUGAAGGUGAUCAAUUGAAAGAAGGUGAAGAUGCGAACAAAGUUCAUAAAUCUGAAACAACCAUUGACACCGAAGUGACGAUCGCUCCUGUAGAAAUUAUGCCAGAAGCUGAUGAAUUAUCAUCUAAAAUCGACGGUGAUAAUAAGUCAGAUGAAGAUCAAAAGACUGAAGUGAAUUCUGAAACUGAUGAGAGUGAGAAACAAUCAUCAGAAUCAGAGACUAAAGUUGAUACAACUUCUGUUGAGGAGAAAGACGAAGACAUCGAAAUGAAAGAUUGCAAAGAUAAAGAUGGUGAAAGUUCAAUCAAAGAAAAGGACGAAUCAGAAAUACUCGAGAAUCUCGAAGAGCCAUCGAAAGAUAGUAAAGAUGUCAAAGAUGAUGAAAAUGGAAAGAACAAAAUGGAUUCGGUCGAUGGAGAAACUGACGAAAAGAAAGAUGUCACUGAAGAGUCUAAAUUGGAAUCAGACGAAAAUAAAUCAAACGAAGAAGUGAAAGACGAAGAAAAGACUGAAGCUUCUUCUGAAGUGGAAUCGAAACCUGUGAUUGUUAAACGCACAAAGAAAGUUCUGAAGAAAAGAAUAGUUCGUCAUUAUUUAGUUAAAUGGAGAGCGUUACCUUAUGAAGAAAGUACUUGGGAACUAGAGGAUGAUUUGGAUCCAUUGAAAAUCGCUCAUUUCUGGAAGUUCAAAAGUCCACCACCAAAAGAUAAAUGGAAACCAAAGAAGAGACCAAAGGCCAAUGAAUGGAAGAAAUUAGAUUCUUCUCCUGUCUACAAAUCAGGCAACACUUUACGAGAAUAUCAAUUAGAAGGAGUCAAUUGGUUGAUGUUUUGUUGGCAUAAUGGACGUAAUUGUAUUCUUGCUGAUGAAAUGGGUCUUGGUAAAACCAUUCAGUCGAUUUCUUUUGUGUCUGAAAUGUUCCGAUUCGGGAUAACUGGACCUUUCUUAAUAAUCGUGCCUCUUUCAACGAUUGGUAAUUGGCAACGAGAAUUUGAAACCUGGACCGAUCUUAAUGUGAUCACUUAUCAUGGCAGUUCCGCGAGUCGAAACAUGUUACAAGAAUAUGAAAUGUACUACAAAAAGGAAAACGGUGAAAGAUAUGAAGGUUUCUUCAAAUUCCAAGUGAUGAUCACAACCUUCGAAGUGGUUCUAACUGAUUGUUUGGAACUUCGGGAAAUUCAUUGGAGAGCUUGUAUCAUCGACGAAGCUCAUCGUCUCAAGAACCGAAACUGUAAACUUCUUGAAGGUUUGCGACUCUUAAAUAUGGAACAUCGAGUUCUCUUAACUGGAACUCCUUUACAGAACAAUGUUGAAGAACUGUUCAGUCUACUGAACUUCUUGGAACCAAGUCAAUUCGCAUCUUCGGAAUUGUUUAUCGCUGAAUUUGGUGAUCUCAAGACGGAAGAUCAAGUCGACAAACUGAAAGCUCUUCUUAAACCGAUGAUGUUACGUCGAUUGAAAGAAGACGUAGAGAAGAGUUUGGCUCCCAAAGAAGAGACCAUUAUCGAAGUGGAACUGACCAAUGUCCAAAAGAAAUACUAUCGAGCUAUUUUGGAAAGAAAUUUCCAAUUCUUGACCAAAGGAAACAGCAAACAAAAUAUUCCCAAUCUAAUGAACACCAUGAUGGAAUUGAGAAAGUGUUGUAUUCAUCCUUAUCUCAUCAAUGGAGCAGAAGAAUCAAUAAUUUCUGAAUACAGACAAAGUAAACCGGACUCAUCGUCACUUUUACUCGAUGCUCUUGUUCAUGCCUCAGGUAAACUUGUGCUUAUUGACAAACUGUUGCCUCGUCUGAAAGCUGAUGGACAUCGAGUUCUCAUCUUCUCCCAAAUGGUCCGUUGUCUGGACAUUUUGGAAGACUAUUUGGUUCAGAACAAGUAUCCAUUUGAACGGAUCGAUGGACGAGUUCGAGGUAACAUGAGACAAGCAGCAAUCGACAGAUUCUCGAAACCAGGUUCUGAUCGAUUUGUUUUCCUGCUUUGUACUCGAGCUGGUGGUUUGGGUAUCAACUUGACCGCUGCUGAUACUGUGAUAAUCUUUGACUCUGAUUGGAAUCCACAAAACGAUUUGCAAGCUCAAGCUCGUUGUCAUCGAAUCGGUCAAUCGAAAAUGGUUAAAGUGUAUCGACUAAUUUGUCGCAACACUUACGAGAGAGAAAUGUUUGACAAGGCCUCAUUAAAACUCGGCUUGGAUCGAGCUGUUUUACAAUCAAUGAACAGCAAUGCAACGGUGAGUGAAAAUGGACUAUCCAAAAGUGACGUUGAAGAUUUACUCCGAAAAGGAGCUUAUGGAGCGAUAAUGGAUGAUGACAAUGCCGGAGAUAAAUUUUGCGAAGAAGACAUCGACCAGAUUUUACAACGACGAACGCAAAUCAUCACAUUGGAAAGCGAAGAGAAAGGAAGUACCUUCUCUAAAGCGACUUUUGCUGCCUCUGAAAAUCGAUCGGAUAUCGAAAUCGAUGAUCCAAACUUUUGGGAAAAAUGGGCCAAAAAAGCGCAGCUUGAUGUCGAAGAAAUUACCGGUAAAAAUGAUUUAAUUGUCCAAGAACCAAGACGAAGAACACAAACAAAAAGGUUUGGUCAAGAUGAACAAAUGUUGGAAAUUUCUGAUGCCGAUUCGAGUGACGAAGACGAAGAAAAUGUUUCGAAUCGGACUCGUGGAGGAAGAACCAAAUUCAAACUCAAGAAAGGUAAACGAGGACGAGAACGAGACGACGAAUUCAUGGAAGACUUUGCUCCAGGUAAUUGGACUAAAGCUGAAUGUUACCAAGUCGAAAAGGGUUUACUUUGUUAUGGUUGGGGUCGAUGGGACAAGUACCUUGAAACGGGAAUAUUCAAGAGACACAUCACCUUACAGGAUGUUGAACAUGUCGCGAGAGUGAUAAUGUUACAAUGUCUUCAAAAUGUGCGAGGAGAUGAUAAGAGGAAAGAAACAUCUUUUUAUUGGGAAAUAAUCGCUCCAACUGAUUACAAGAUGGAAGAAGGUAAAGGUAACAAGUCAACGACAAUGGCCGAAGACGAGAAUCAAGAACCAUCUCCAAGUGGGUCUAAAAGAAGAUCAAAGAAAUCAAAGAAUCAACAACAACAAUCACCUCCUGUAGUUCAGCAAAUUGUGCAACCAAUUGACUCUUCGGCCUUUUCAAUCUAUGAAUGGGCCAAAGAAGAUUUUUUCAAUCCCGAUCUUUUGUUGCCGGAAGACUAUCGAAGUCACAUCAGUAAAAUUUGUAACAAAAUUCUGCUUCGUUUCAAACUGUUGUGGUACUUGAAAACCGAGAUAUUUGGUGAUCUUUGUGAACCAAUCAGCAAGGAAUCUCUUGUAGAAGCUCCUUUCUCUCCGCCAAGUAGGGAUGGUUACCCUGGAUUACCUGGUUGGUGGGAUGAAGAUGCUGAUAAAUCCCUUUUGAUGGGAGUAUUUAAACAUGGUUACGAUCGUUACAAUCGAAUGAGACUAGAUCCCGCCUUGUGUUUCUUGAGUCGAUGCGGCCCACCCGAUGGAACUGCUUUGAUGGCUGAAUUAACAUCGGACGAUAUCAACAAAGAGGAAGAAGAUGAAACAGAAGCUCCUGAAGGUGUUUCUGUCAAUGAGUCGGGAGUGAAUGAAGAGCUUAAAGCGAAAGAGUCAAGUAUUUCUGGAGAAAUGGUCAAUCCUUUCCCAUCGUCUUCUGACCUUAACAAGAGAUUCCGAAAUCUCAUCUCGGCCUAUCAACGUAACGUGAAGAAGCAAGAGCGACUCGAACGCAGUGCUGCUGUUUUGCAAGAGAAGAGACGAGAAGUGGCUCAGAGAAGAUGGUCCAAGAAAGAUGACUCUGAUUUCUAUCGAACUAUCAUCUCCUAUGGUGUCGAUUACAACAAAGAGACUGGUCAAUAUGAUUGGUCUCGUUUUCGACUCAUGUCCAAAUUGGACAAGAAAUCAGAUGAAUCUCUUACCGAGUAUUACAAGUCUUUCUUUGCCAUGUGUAAAAAGGUCACCGGUCGUCCUCUUACAGACGAAGAGGAAAACUACAACUACCUCGUUGAUCCAAUUUCAGAGGAUAAGGCAAGUCGAGCUCUUGCUCGAAUUGAGCUUCUUUGUAAAAUUCGCGAAGAGAUUUUACCUCAUCCCGAACUUGAUGAGAGACUUAACUUGUGUCAAAUGUCAAUUGAUCUUCCUGAUUGGUGGAUUUGUGGUCGACAUGAUAAAGACCUUCUUGUUGGUGCUGCUAAAUAUGGUCUCAAUCGUUUGGAUAUCAAUUUGAUGAACGAUCCUGAGUUAUCAUUUAUGAAAAUCUUCCGUAAUGAUGAAGCAGAGGCAAAGACUAAAGUUGAAUCCAGAAGAGAUACAACACUUGAAAUCAACAAGAUUGAAGCGAAGCCAAAGGUUAAAGAAGCCAAGGUUGAAAAGCAAGAGGAACAACUGAAAAUCGAAGAGAUCGAGAAGGAAACAGAGAUCAAUUUAACCACCGAAAAGUCUGUUGUUGAAGAAACAGCAACAGAUGAGAAGAUCACUCCAGCUGAAGUGAAAGAAGAAGGAGAAGGAGAAGUUGACAACAAAGAAAGAGAAACAACCAAUGACUUGGUGGAAGAAUCUAAAGACUCUGAAACUAAAGAAAAAGAGUCAACCGAAGCUGAAUCGAUGGAAGUUGAUAAGAUUGAAGAACCAAAUGACAAAACACCUACCAAAGAAAUCGAUGACGAAAAGGAAGAAAAAGAAGAAGAAAAAGAAGUGACUGAUAUGAGCUUAGAUAAAGACGAAAGUGCAAAAGAUCCUGAAAAGGAAGAAAAAGAAACUUCAGCGUCAGAGAAUGAAGAAAAAGAUCCUAAAGAGACACCAAGUACUGAAGAUAAGGACGAAACCUCAGUCGAAGAAAAAGCUGAGCAAGAGUCAGAAACAGUUGAUAAAACAACUGAUGAUGAAAAGAAAGAAGAAGAGAAAGUUUCAGCUGAAGAAGAAGAAGACAAAGAAAAGAAAACUAAGGACGAAACCAACGAAGAAACUGUUCUACCCGGAGAAGAAAAGUCAGUUGAAGAAACUGAAGAUGAAUCUUCAAAGAUCAUCGAUAAAAUAAGUGAGGAGUCAACAGCUGAUAAAGAAUCUUCUGAAGAUAAAACUAAAGAAGAUGAAGUCCCUAUGGAAACAGAGAAAUCAGUUGACGAAAUCAAAGAAACUGAUGAAACUGUUGAACAAGAAAAGGACAAAGAAAAGUCUCCAAGUGAAGUUGAAAAAAUGGAUCAAAUUGAAGAAAAAGACCAAGAAAAAGUAGAAGAAGAAGAAGAAGAAAAGACUGAAAAAGAAAACAAGGAUGAUAAUGAAGAAAAUGGAAAACAAUCAACUGUGGAAUCCGAGGAAGAAAAACAAGAACAACAAGAAUCCAAGAAAGAAGAAGAAGAAGAGGAAAUAAGAGAAAGUAAGAUCGAAGAAGAUGAUGAAAAAUCCAUCGAAAGAUCGAAUGAGAUCGUUAAAGUGGUCGAAGAAUUGAAAGAAAAGAUUGCCGAAGAAUCUCCAUCAAAAGAAGAAGGUAAAAGAAAAUCAGAAAGAGUUGUAGCUCGAAACACCCAAAUGGAGAUCACGAUUAUCAAGAAGGAAGUGUCGCAAAUGGACUCGAAGGCUCCAUUGGUCAAUUCAGGCAGCAUUUUAGAAAACGAUGCUUCUUUCUUCAACCAAUCGACUGACAAUUUCGCAAGUCGAGGUUUCAUUCGAUGGCCAAAAGAACGAGUGUUAAUUGUUCGAUUGGAACAAAUUUGUCACUGCGUCGAUAAAAACGAUUGGCCUUUCGCUAAACAAGCUCUAUUCACAGCUCUUGCAACUGUACCUUCAACACCAAGUAUUGCGACUGCCGAUAGUUCACCGAGAGCGGCAUCUCCUGUGAGCAUUUCCAGUAUGAGUAGAGAGGCAACUCCACAACAAACACCCGACAAUACACCUCGACAUGAGUCAGUUUCACCUUCACCUGAUCCAUUUAUGUUUGAUGUCGCUAAUGCUUCUGGUAUGAUUGAUGCCGGAGGGCGACUUCGAUCUCGAGGUAGACGACGAAGAGGUCGCUAUGAAAUGGAACAUCCGGAAAGAGCUAAACUAAGAAAUUUACUACAACAAUCGGACAAUAAUAUUCAAUCCUCAAAGAAAAACAUGACUCCCAAUAUGAGCUCCAUGAUCAAUACUCCUCCUCUGUUGCCACCAUUGUUUUCAAUGUCACUUCAAAACUUCCGAAAUGAACUUGUUAAUGAGGAUAAAGGUUCAUCUCUUUUGAUGAAUCGAUCUCAUGGUUCAGAGGGUCGAAGUAAAUCUCAUUCUCACUCUCACUCUCACUCACAUUCUCACCAUCAUCUUCCAACUGUAGUUCAUCCAUUCGCUUCAUCAUCAUCGAUUAAAACACCUCUUGCACCACCCAUUUCCGAUCUUCCAAAUAAAUCGUCUUCGAGCAAAUCUUUGGGAGCUCCUCCCGCUGCUCACUCAGUUUCCAACACCAAACGAAUACCAAAUCUGGACACCGUUGACCUGCGAUUCACUAAGCCUGUUCCUGGAAUGCAACACAUGAGUCCAGGAUCUAAACCUUUAGCAGCUCCUGAUAAGGUUGUUAAACGAUCAUCAACACCAGUGUCUCUUUCAUCGGUACUUGACCUUAGUGGUCCAGUAAAGAAAGAUUGUAAAGAUGAUGAUCCAUGUUUAACAUCACCCACUUUCGGUAAAAAGGGACAAACAGGUAAACGUACUGGAAGACGAAUUGAUGAUCUUGCUAAUAAUUUAUUACAAAGAAAGAAAAUGAUGCAAGAGAAACAAGAUGAUCCUGUGCCUGAGAGUAAACCAACAACACCAUCACCUCGGGACAUGAGGGCAAGAUCUGAAUUGGAUAAAGUAGAAACUCGAUCAUCUACACCAAAAGAUCGAACUCGAACUCCACCCGCCGCUCAUUCCUCAUCUCGAUCAUCAUCAGCUUUAUCUGCAUCUCUUACUCGAGACUUAUCAAUGAAACCUCCAGAAAAGACAAACUUCCCACCACCGAAAGUCAAUCCUCCUCGUUCUGGACAUAGAGAAUCAUCUUCAUCUUCCUCUUCAUCCUCUCGUCAACAUCACCACCAACAAUCAGUAUCAGCUGAUAUCGCUGGUAAUUUAGGAAAGGGAAGCUCAUCUAAAAUGGAUAAAGCUUUUAAGGAAGAUGCUGUACAACAAUUAAAGAAAAUCCUUGCUGAAAAUCCCGAGUUAAUGAACAAUCCAACCUUUGCCUCCGCCGCUGCAAUAUUAUCUGGAGCAUCGCCUUUAGCUGCAAAUACUCAGUUGUUGGAGUUACCAGAUAGUAAAAAACGAAGCUCUCGCCGUUCUAAGCCCGAUAAUACACCCCAACAAUCACUACCGAAAGUGCAGCCGAUUCAACAACCUCCUCCAGCUUCAUCCUCAUCUUCUCAUUCUUCAUCUCUGCCAAACUUACAAAAUUUGACUGGAGAAGAACACAUACCAUUGAUAAACAAACUAAAUGGAAAGAAGCUCACUGGAUCAAAAGCUCCAACUCUCAAAAAAUUACCUGAUUUUCUAAAAAAGAAUCCAAUGUAUGAAAUGGACCCUAAAUGGGCCGCUCUACUCAGAGAAAACCUUCCAGCUCUCAAAGCAAUGUCUUCACAACAAGCACCUAGAGAUCCACCUCCUCCAACAAUUCGAACUCGAACAAGUGACCGAAAGGCUGGAGAAAGUAGUAGAUCUAAACACAGUGAUUCGGGUGUUAGUCCACGAAGAGCAACAGCCGCCUCUCUAUUGGCCAAUCAAGCAGCAUCAAGUUCUGCAUCUGCAUCAUCAACAAAUACACCAUCAACUAGUUCUAGUUUUGGAUUCCCGCCUUCAUCAUUAGCUCCAUUUAAUAUCAACCCUAAUUUACUAAACAGCUAUGCUUUCCAAAAGUUGUUGAUGGAUCCAAAUAGUUACAUGUCGGCAGCCGCAGCGGCAACUAAUCCCAGUCAAUCUUCCUCAAGUUCCCGUAAUAAUAACAGUGUCUCAACUUCAUCGACCGCAACAUCUUCCACCAGUUCAGCUGCCAAUGCAUCGCAAAUGCUUUUCCCAUACCCUGGACUUUCAAACAUGGGACUAACGAGUUCAUUACUUGGUCUUUCCGGUCUCAAUUUCCCUGGUUUGGGAUCUGGUUUCAAUCCGAUGUCCAUUGGUGACUUUGGGGGAAAUGAAGGUAAAAAGACGGACCGAGGAUCGAGCAGUCAAGAGAAGGGUAAAAGUGGCGGUGGCUCCGAGAAAUCAAGUAGCAGUCAUAAAAGUAGUAAAAGCUCAAGUUCCAAAAAUCAGAAUCAGAACCAAAGUCAGAGCCAAAAUCCGAAUGCAAACUUGGGACUAAAUCCGAGUUUGAAUUUGAAUGAUUUAUCCAAUGCGUAUCGAUCAUUUCCCUACCUCUUUCCAUAUUACAAUUCCCUCGGACUCGGGAACAUCCCAAUGAGUUCCCCUCAUUUCGCAUCUUUAGCGGCGCAAUCAGGACUUAUGAACGGAUUAGGUAACAUGCCAGGAUUAGGCACAACCGCAUCUACCUCAACAACAACAACAUCUGCUUCAACCUCUUCAUCACAUGCUUCCAAAAGCGGGAUAUCCUCUUCUUCCGGCCACUCCAGAUCUAAAAACAGUUCAAACUCAUCAGCCAAUGUAAAAGCACCUUCAUCGUCGUCAUCCAAACACUCAAAAGCUUCUGCAUCACCCUCGUUGUCCAUGAAGAGUCCACCUCCUCCCACUUUACCCACUGCAUCCACUUCAUCAUCCAGCAUAUCAACACCUAAUGUGCCCACCGGCGGAUCGUCAAUGGCUCCCUCCAUGAGCGGAGUCUCGGGUCUCGGAGACUCUGAUGACGAAAGUCUGAAAUCUCUGAUGGGACAAGAAGACGAUGAAGAUGAUUUGAACGGUGAACUUGAAGAUAUGCAUGAAAACCUUGACACUGACACCGACAUGGACUCGGGAGCAGAUCACGAUGGUGCCAAUAGAAGAGGGAAACAACGGCGGUCAACAUCUUCGGCGUCGAGCAUGAAAUCACCACCGACUGUGAAUAAAGGGAAAAAGUGAAAGCAAAAGCUUCCAGAUAUUUGAUUAGAUUAACAAACGGAGGUGAUAAUUUGUAAACAAAAUCUGUGAUAAUUUUCAUUGUGAGCAACAAAUGCUUUUUUUAUCGACUCUCUGAUCAUCAUGAUUACCAUUGAAGGCGAAUUCAGCAUUUAAAAGGCUGGACAAUAUCUUAAUCUCCUCACGACAACUUUAACUUGUUUAACAAUUAACUAAUUGCUAGUGAACUCGAAUAUUAUUAUUAUUACUUGGGUAAACAACCAGAGCUGCUCAAAAACCAAAAUCAACUUAAUCAUCGUUUAUCUUUGCCCUUUCCUCUUGUUCAUAACAAUUUUUAUCUUAGUGUUUCAGGAUCGACCAUUUGAUUGCAUCUCUUAACCAUAACACAUCCCAACCUGUAAUCUCAUUCAUAUUUAAAUCAUCUGUUAUAUUGGACAUUUGCGAAAUAAUCUAAAGCAAAAGAAACGAAAGAUAGAUAAUGUUUCAUUUGUACAGUCUUUUUGCUAAGAAAAGAUGAAAAAUUGAUUCUUUCAAACCUUUUUGCCUAAUUAUGUUAAAUUCAAUUCUACUGAAAGUUCUUAACUCGACCUUUUUUAAGUUGUAACAUUAUCUCCACUUCGAUCAUCGCUGCUGUUGUAAAUCGCUCUCUCACCACAUGAUCAUAAUCAUAAUCAUCCUCAUCAUUUCCUCUUCCUCUCUGCCCUCUUCUUAUUACUCUCCAAAAGCAUGACACCAUUAUUAUUAUAUUCUGACCAUCCAAUAUCAAAUUUAAUGAACAUCGGACAUUAAUGAUGUGUUGAUCAAUUGUUAGAUUGAAGAUAAGGACCAAUCGUCAACUAAUCCAAUUGUUAACUAACAUUAUGUCUCGAUCAGCAUCUUCAUCCUCAUAUUUAUCAUCCUCAUUAUCAUGGAAAAAUAUUCUCAUUUGCAUAAUCAUCUGUCAUUUCUCAUUUUAUCCAGUAUCACCACCACCAUCAUCAUCACCAUCAUCAUCAUCCUCAUCCUCAUCAUCAUUUUCAUCGACAACAACAUCAACAUCUUUAGAACCCAAAAAGCAACAAUUGAAAAGCCCCAAUUUACCAUUUGCUGGACAUUUUUAUUUCUUCCCUCACCUCGAACCUUUUCUAUUGCCGUGUUUAAUUAAUUAUCUCUGAUUGAUAUAUAAUAUUGCUUGUUUUUUUCUUCUUUCUUUUAUUUCCAUCCCUUUGUCUGCGUUCAACUGACGCAAACAAAAAGAUGCGGCAAAUGAUCGGCAAUAAUCCUUGUCCAUCCCAAGAAUCAAUGAUAAUUUGUCCAACUGUCCCCGUCCCAAUCCACCAGCAAUUGAUGUAUAAAUACAAAUCUCUUGACCACUUCUACCAAGAAAAACAAUGUUCCAUUGGGCCUAAUGUAUUUCAUAACAACAACUAAAAGAAAACAAAAAUGACGCAACAACAAUAAGAAGACAUGAAAAAAGAAAAAGAAACUGUCACAAUCUCCAAUCAUCAUCUUUAAUCAACUACCACACCCACUGUCAAAUUUUCUCAUCCCCUUAAUCCCCUUGUAAAUCCCGUGACUAUAAACUGAAAAUAAAACUUGCACUUAGUGUUUAAAAAGAA